AUGCAGAUGCUCGCCUCUUCCCCGAACCCUCAAGCCAACCCCUCGCUUCAGCAGCGCAUGGUUGCCGGCGACAACGCCUGGAACCCUGCCGAAGACAUGGACUGCGAUGCCGACGAGAUCCUAGUCGCUCCAACGCUCACGCUUAAGCAAGGUAUCAACAAUGUCAUGACCAACAUGGCUUCUUCCUUGUCCAACCACUCAAUUUCCUCGUCUAGCAGCUCCGGCGACCUGGAGCCCGAGCUCAGCCAAUCGCUAGGUUCCGUCUCGAGCUUUGACCUCCGCACACCACUCAAGACCAGCCUCGCUGCCAAUCACCUCUACGAGCCCAACGACGCUUUCAACCUUCUGGGCCUUCACAAGCAGAUCGCCCCCGUUGCAGCUCGACCCGCCACCAAAAACAUGCUUGCCGAUGCGCUCGCUGCAAGAAAGGUUCGCCCCGCCUCCAACCCAUCAUCAGAUGGGACCGAAUCGCCUGCACCCUCAGCACAGGCGUACAUGCCUUCGACACAAUCCGUCUCUCCCAAGAGUCAAGUUAUGUCUGGCCCUCGACCUUUCACCGUGGCGUCGCCAUCGUCGCCGCUCAACCGCCCCAACAAGCCAAAGCUCACCCUGCCUGUCUUGGCUUCCUCCGCUUUCUCUCGUCCCAACUUUCCUCAGACACCUGGCGGUUCCCUCUUUCACGGCGCUCGCGAUGGUGCUGCCACCGGUACACCUGUUAGCCCCUUCUUGCCUCCCACUCCCCUCGUUGCUUCGAUGAUGGAGGCCGAGCAGAUCAAGGGCUUCUCCAAUGGUCAACAGCAGUCGAUGCGUAUCGAUGGCGCUUCACGCUCGUCCAUCUCGCCUCCACUGGCUCGGGCUUCGUUGCCCUUCCCCAUCACCUCCACGCCGCGCCAGUCCAAGCCCGUCCGCGCACCUUUGCAGCGCCACGGCUCGCUUGGCAUGUCGCCCCUCUCGCAAUCAUUUGCCAGCGUCAGCAUGCGAGGCAAAAGCAAGAGCAACGACAUCCCAUCGUCCACGGGGUCUCCCAUCCCGCGUCGUGCGCAAGAGCUGUCUCCCGGGCACAACCCGGGCUCGCCGUCGACGCUCCUCACCCCUCCUUACUCUCCACUCACUUUGACCAAGAGUUUACCGGAUGAGGCCUCGGUCAUCGCACAGCGAAGGUCGAGCAGCUCCAGCAGCAGCGUCUCUUCGUCCAGCAGCAAGAAGCUGCGCGCCAAGGAGAGCCUGCUCGGUGGAGGCGCGGAUCUUGCAAGAUCAUUCAGCGCCAACCGCUUCAAGUCCAACACACGCGCCAAGGCCGUCCCAAAACCUUUCAACCUCGACAAGGCAUUCCCCGUCGAGUCGCAAAACCCAAAUGUCGGUACUUCGAGCCCGCAGCCGCUGUCAGCACCGGCCAUGAAGAUCUCGUUUGCCGAUGACGAGACCGAAAUCGAGAUCGACCAGCGCGCAAGUCCGGAGCCGAUGGUGACCGAGCAGUCGACCUCUCAGUUGGACGUCACGCCAGCCGAGUCGACGCCAGUGCCCGAUGCUUCGCUGCUGUCACCCUGCGACGCGCUCAAGGCGCCUGUCAUGGAAAAGUCCUUCAGCGCCCCGUUGCCGCCUGCUCAGACCGUGUCGGCGCGUCACCUGGCCGACCACGAGCUGCAUCCUCGCUUUGACUCUUCGUACACGAUCGGAGACGAGCUCGGCAGCGGUGGCUUUGGGUUUGUCGUGGCUGCCAAGCGCAACAGCGACGGCUUGCCCGUGGCUGUCAAGUUCAUCUUUAAGAACAAGGUGCCCGCGCACGGCUGGGUGCGCGACCCCAAGCUCGGCGUCAUCCCCAUGGAGGCGUUUGUGCUCAAGGUCGUGGACCACCCUGGUGUGGUCAAGUACAUCGAUCUCUUUGACGACCGUCAGUUCUUCUAUCUCAUUAUGGAGCUGCAUGGCACGCCUUGGCAGCCGCCUGCGCCGGAACCUGUUGCGGCCACGAAAGCACUGCGUCCCGCACCCAUGAUGCGCAGGACGAGCCGCGACCUGUUUGAGUGCAUUGAGCAGCACUCGAAGUUGACCGAGGAGCAAGCACGCUGGGUGUUUGCGCAGGUCGUCGAGACCGUCUGGCAUCUCGACCGCAUCGGCAUCUGCCACCGCGACAUCAAGGACGAGAACUGUGUCGUCGAUGCCGACUUCAACGUGAAGCUGAUUGACUUUGGCUCGGCGGUGAUCACGGAUGUGCGCAAACCUCAGCCAUACUUCAACCGUUUCUUUGGCACCAUGACUUUUGCCAGCCCGGAAAUCUUGCAAGGUCAGCCGUACCGCGCCCCGCACGCCGAGAUCUGGUCCUUGGGCGUCCUGCUCUCGAUCCUGCUUAGUGGACAAUGUCCGUUCCCGGACCCGGCGGCGGCGAUCAAGGGCAAGAUCAGCAAGCCCAAGGGCGCGUGGUCGGCGGAAGCGCUCGACCUGCUGCUUCUGUGUCUCGAGGUGGAUCCGGAAAGGAGAGGCACCAUCGCUCAAAUCCGCGAUCACCCCUGGGUCCACAGGGCGUGGAAGGAACGCGCCGCCAAACUUAACCACCACAAAACUACCACUACUCCCUCGCUCUGA